GCCCCUCCGCCCCAGUCACUGAGCCGCCGCCGAGGACUCAGCAGCCUCCCCCUUGAGCCCCCUCGCUUCCCGACGCUCCGUCCCCCCUGCCCGCCUUCUCCCGCCGCCGCCUUCCGCAGGCCGUUUCCACCGAGGAAAAGGAAUCGUAUCGUAUGUCCGCUAUCCAGAACCUCCACUCUUUCGACCCCUUUGCUGAUGCAAGUAAGGGUGAUGAUCUGCUUCCUGCUGGCACUGAAGAUUAUAUCCAUAUAAGAAUUCAACAGAGAAACGGCAGGAAAACCCUUACCACUGUCCAAGGGAUCGCUGAUGAUUACGAUAAAAAGAAAUUGGUGAAGGCGUUUAAGAAGAAAUUUGCCUGCAAUGGUACUGUAAUUGAGCAUCCGGAAUAUGGAGAAGUGAUUCAGCUACAGGGUGACCAGCGCAAGAACAUAUGUCAGUUCCUCGUAGAGAUUGGACUGGCUAAGGACGACCAGCUGAAGGUUCAUGGGUUUUAAGUGCUUUUGGCUCACUGAAGCUUAAGUGAGGAUUUCCUUGCAAUGAGUAGAAUUUCCUUUCUGUCCCUUGUCACAAGUUUAAAAACCUCACCGCUUGUAUGAUGUAACCAUUUGGGGUCUGCUUUUAACUUGGACUAGUGUAACUCCUUCAUGCAAUAAACUGAAAAGAGCCAUGCUGUCUAGUCUUGAAGUCCCUCAUUUAAACAGAGGUCAAGCAGUAGGCGCCUGGCAGUGUCCAGCCUGAAACAAAGCAAUAACGUGAUGUUUCAGGCAAGUCCAGAGCCCCAAGAUCACAGACGGCUAUGUCUGGCCAGAAGCUCCUCGGCAGUCCCUUCACAGAGUUUCCUGCCCUGAGAGAAUGUCACCACCUGAACAGCCCUCCGUGAAGCCGAUAGGAGAGGAUGGGGUAAGGCAGCGGCAGCAGCUGCACUGCUAGAGGGAGCCUUUGGUUGUCAGGGAAAGAUCCCCUGGUGUCCCCAGCGCUACCAGCUGGACAGAGCUUAGAGCAGCUUCCUUCUCUCUAGCGAGGUGACAGGAUGUGUGGCUUGCCACCAAGGUCUUUUUGACCAGACAUAUCCUAGCUAAUCAAUGUCCAAACUAGAAUGUGAGGCUCAUUCUAUCAGAGUUAAACUUUUGACAAGGGAACAAAUUUCAAACGGAUGUCAGUCACGUAGCUGUAGAGCUUGCAACUUACUAGCGACAGCUGCCCAAUGCCAUGUGAAGUAAAACUGGUUUUUGGUUUUGGUUUUGUUUUCUUUUUUCCCCUUCAGUUUUAAUGUUAUGUAAUGUAUUUAAACCCUUAUUUAAAUAAAACUUGUUUUCAGAAACA